AUGAAAAGUACAGAUCUUCAAUCACAAAAUUAAGUAAGUUGGCUUCUAAACUUGGUGGGGAAAUUUUCUACAAAAGACUUAUAAGGUUAAAAUUUAAAGGAGAUUGGAGAGGAUUAUGUGAAAAAAAUAUCAUAGAUUGCUUAGCUACAAUCAGGAUUUAUAUUUUCGUAUGAUAUUUAAAAACAAGAGUUUGAAGAAAAGUUAUUUCACAUCUAUCCAAAUAUACUAAUUUGUCAAUCAGAUAAAACUUAUACUCAUUUGAUUCUAAGCAAUUGCACAUUACAAAAAGAAUAAAUAUAAUAUAAAGAGGCUAAGACCUAUGGAUUUAUCAUUUCUAAUAAUUUCGGGAAUACUUAUUUGUUUUUUUCAUAAUUUAUUUAAUAUAGAAAUUGGUAUAAAUUGAUGAAAUAAUAUUGUAAAUUAAAUGAUUUUUUUGGUAAAUACAAAUUAACUGAUCGAAUGCUUCCAGGAGUCUAUCAAUGUUAUAAAAAGACUGUAUGA